AUAUGCAGCCACCGGCAGACAUUAACGCCGUUCAAUUUUAUUUGCCUCUGGUCUCUAUUGACCGGUUUACGCGGUGUGAUAGUAACCAAAAAAGAAAAAUUGUUGAAUUUUUGUUAGAAAAGAAGCUACAAAUUUUUAAUUUCAAUUAAAAUUAAAUUAAACGUUAUGCCUAAACAGAAUAAAACAACCAAAAUGCCAAACGAGAGCAACGAAAAGGCAGGAGAAGAUAAAACAACCGCAACAACUUUGGAUGAAAUUAGCAAGACUUCACAAAACGAAAAGGUCGAUGAUGAUGCAAAUAAACAAGUGGAAGAAACAAAGGCAACGACUGAUGCGGCCACCAAUAAAAAGCUACCGGCUAUUGUUAAUUUAGGAGCCGAUACGAAUAUCCUUAAUAGACAAGAUAUUUUGCAAGCGGUAUCUGAAGCUGUGUCUGGCAACCGCCAAACAAAACAGUUUGCCUUCUGGUCAACUCAACCUGUGCCUAAACUAAACGAAGAAAUUACUACAAAUGAAUGUAUUGAACCCGAUAAGGAUAUCUCUGAAAUAAGACCGGAUCCUUAUGCUCUGCCAGAGGGAUUUAAAUGGGAUACGUUGGACUUGAACAAUAGUAGUGAUCUAACGGAACUAUAUACGCUAUUAAAUGAAAACUACGUGGAAGAUGAUGAUGCCAUGUUUCGCUUUGACUAUCAACCAGAAUUUUUAAAAUGGUCUCUACAAUCCCCGGGAUGGAAGAGAGACUGGCAUUUGGGGGUACGUGUUGUAAAGUCAGGACGACUGGUUGGUUUCAUUUCGGCCAUACCCAGCAAUUUAAGAGCUUAUGACAAAGUGUUAAAAGUUGUAGAAAUCAAUUUCUUAUGUGUUCAUAAGAAAUUGCGCAGCAAACGUGUUGCUCCUGUUUUGAUUCGCGAAAUAACAAGACGUGUAAAUUUGACGGGCAUCUUUCAAGCAGCCUACACAGCUGGUGUUGUUUUACCAAAACCAGUAGCAACAUGUCGUUAUUGGCAUCGUUCUUUAAAUCCUAAGAAACUUAUAGAGGUCAAAUUCUCUCACCUGGCUCGUAACAUGACCAUGCAACGUACAAUAAAAUUGUACAAAUUACCAGACCAACCAAAAACUAAGGGUUAUCGUCGCAUUGAGGCCAAAGAUAUGGACAAAGCGCAUAAGCUCAUGGAUGAGUAUAUGAAAAAAUUUAAUAUGUGUCCGGUGUUUAGUAAAGAAGAAUUUCGCCAUUGGUUCACGCCCAAAGAGGGCAUUAUCGAUUGUUUCAUUGUCGAAGAUGAACAAGGCAACAUUACGGACAUGACUAGUUUUUACUGUUUGCCAUCGUCGGUGAUGCAUCACCCGGUGCACAAGACGCUAAAAGCCGCUUAUUCAUUCUACAAUGUUUCUACUAAAACUCCUUGGUUGGAGUUGGUGAACGAUGCCCUUAUAUCAGCUAAAAAUAUACAAAUGGAUGUAUAUAAUGCUCUAGAUUUAAUGGAGAACAAUACGUUUUUGAGACCUUUGAAGUUUGGUCCUGGCGAUGGCAACUUACAAUACUAUUUGUAUAAUUGGCGGUGUCCAAGCAUGAAACCUCAAGAUGUAGCUUUAAUACUCAUGUAGAGAGUGUUCCAAAUUCAUGCAUACAAAAAAACAUAUUUAAAUAAAUUUCUUUGUUCUGAUUUGUAUAUUUCA